UAACUCGGGACGAAUUGCAAUUGCAGCUAGUCGUAAACUAUUGUUACAGAAUGAUUAAGAAUAAAAGAAUAAUGACAUAGAUUAUUACAUUUGUAUUUUGUUACUUCGUAUUCUCUUAGAUAUGUUGUUAUGGAGUGGUUUUUCAUUUUAGCUUCGGUUGCUACAUCAUUUAUUGUUGUAAUUUUCUUUAUACUCAUUGAUACUGUGUGAGGCAUAGUUAACAUUCUCCCUGCAUAGUAGGAUGGUGUUUAGUUUGGAAGCUUUAUCUUUCAAAAUUCAAGUUAGUUCGUGAACUCUUUUCUCGACAAGUUCCUGAAUCUGAAAGUUUAACUAAUAAGACUCAGAAGAUUAAUUGAAAUACUGUAAAAAUGAAUAUACGUUGUGCUAAACCAGAAGAUUUAAUGAAUAUGCAGCAUUGCAAUUUAUUAUGCUUACCUGAAAAUUAUCAGAUGAAAUAUUAUUUUUAUCAUGGUUUAUCAUGGCCACAGCUAAGUUAUGUUGGUGAAGAUGAAAAAGGAAAUAUUGUUGGUUAUGUAUUAGCUAAAAUGGAGGAGGAUUGUGAGGAUAACCCUCAUGGUCAUAUAACAUCCUUAGCAGUUAAAAGGUCUCAUAGAAGAUUAGGUCUUGCUCAAAAAUUAAUGGAUCAGGCUGCAAGAGCUAUGGUUGAGUGUUUUCAAGCUAAAUAUGUUUCAUUGCAUGUAAGGAAAAGUAACCGAGCAGCAUUAAACUUAUAUACAAAUACUUUAAAAUUUACUAUUUCGGAAAUUGAACCAAAAUAUUAUGCUGAUGGCGAAGACGCUUAUGCUAUGAAAAAAGAUUUGUCACUUUUGUCAUUAUUGUCAGCUGAUGAUGAUAUUCCAAGCAGUAACACCCUGUGCAGUGCUAUGAAAAAAGUUGAAAUUGAUGCUAAAUAAAGUUAGUUUUCAAAAUAAUAUACAAGAGAUGAAUUAUAUUUGUAUUUUAUUUUUAAAUAAACAUUUGAUAAUUUGCUAUUAAA